AUUGUUUUCUGGGAUUAAAUUUACAAAUAGGUUGGUUUUAAAAAUUUGUCCUUCAGAGAUAUUAUUUCGGAAAAUCUUUAAAACUAUACAAAGAAAUCGUUGGCAUUUACCUAAGGCUCUCUCGGUCUUGACUACGUAUUUGCCAUCUAUGCGGUUUGUUUCCGAACUACAUGUCACGUUCAUCUAGCUCUCUUUUUCUCCCUGAUCUCACCGCCCCCUCCUCAAUUAUAUAAAGGCACGCACGACGACACAACCAAGGAGAAGAAAGGCAUGACGAUGAUGAUGUCAACGGAUCAUCACAUGAACAUGACCAUGGCGCCACCCCCAUCAUCCAUGCACAUGAAGAAGAUGAUGAUGCACAUGACCUUCUUCUGGGGACGCCGCGUGGACAUCCUCUUCUCCGGCUGGCCCGGGGACCGAGGCAUUGCCGCCUACCUCCUCGCCCUCCUCCUCGUCUUCGUUCUCUCCUUCCUCGUCGAGCUCCUCUCCUUCCUCCCCCUCCGCAGCCAUCAUCGACGGCUGUCCUCUGCCGUGAUGGUGACCGGCGUCACGGUCCUCAGGACCGGGUUUUCGUAUUUGGUUAUGCUUUCUGUCAUGUCGUUCAACGUCGGGGUUCUGCUCGUGGUGGUUGCGGGCCAUGCUAUCGGGUUCUUCGUGUUCGGCAGCGGGUUGUUCUUUCGCCGGUGGCCGAAGGAGGAGGAGAAUGGUGGAGGGCCUAAAUGUUGAGUGACUAUGCAUGUCUUGUUUCUAUGUGAAUAAAAUGCUUGUGGGGAAAGUACUCUGUUUUCGUGUUACCAAUGGAAGAAGCAUUCACAUGGAAACGAAUUGUUUAUCUUGUUUAUUAUGAUUUCAGGUCGGAUUGAGAGCAUGCAGUGAUGUUUGCAAGAACCACUAAAAUAAUUUAGAUGUAUAUGUGUUUCAGAGGGAUCCUAAUGCUCUCCAUACUUU